CCACCGUCGAAGCGUCGCAAGACUGCAGCAUCGACCCUGUCAGCACUUGAUCAUGCACCGUCGUCGCAUCCUGAAGAAGAGGACGACAACAUCAGUCUAUCAUCCGACGGCUGGAGCAGCGCUCCGGGCUCUCCGAACGACGACGAAUACACGUUACGAGACCAAGCGCAAACGCAAUGUCUGUGGCGAGACUGCGACUUUGGUGUCGGCAUCAACAACGAUGACCUUGUCAACCAUGUGCAGAGCACACAUUGUGCGACAGGCGGACCUAAGAAGACCAAGUAUGUGUGCGAAUGGGGAGAGUGCCAGAAGAGGACGAGCAAUCAUCCAAGCGGAUAUGCGUUGAAAGCGCACAUGCGGAGUCAUACCAAGGAGAAACCGUACUAUUGCUCUUUGCCAGAAUGCGAUAAAGCCUUCACCCGAUCCGACGCCCUGGCGAAACAUAUGCGGACGGUCCACGAGCCGGAAGUGAUCAAAGGCCAGGCAGAUGGGACGACACCGCCUGGAAGGAAAGGCAGCACGAAAAUCAAGCUCACCAAUGGCAGCAAAGCUUCUGCGCAAGCCGCAGCUGAGAUGGCUCCCACACACGAUGAGGAUGGCAACGAGAUCGAACCGUCCUUACCGAAUGAUAAUAUCACGUAUAUGCCGGCGCAUCACCCUAUCACCGGACAACCAGGCUUCAUGAUCCACUACCCUCCAGACAUUCACUUCACGGCGUGGGAGAGUGCAAUCGCGGCGGAUCAGCUGAUGAGGUUGCUUAGAAGGCAGCUCCACUGGGCGCAGCAAGAGAGCGAGGAGCUGAAGAAGGAGGUGGACAUGCUGGAGCAACAACGGCGAGAGGAAUGGACGCUCAAAGAGAUUCUCCUGGAUGGAGUCAUGGAGGCUGAA